AAUACACAAACCAUCUAAUACCAUUUUUUCUAAAAGUAACACCUUUCUAAAUUGAAAUCAUUAUCACAUAACGCAUGGCUAACUUGAAAUUUUUGCUGUGCGUGUUCUUGAUCUGCGUUUCCUUGUCGCGUUCAUCAGCGUCUCGACCGCUGUCCCCAAACGCAGACGGGACUAAACGAGGUCGUAUGAUGAGAGAAGCCGAGGAAGUGUUGAAAGCGAGUAUGGAGAAGCUAAUGGAAAGAGGUUUUAAUGAGUCCAUGAGACUCAGUCCUGGAGGUCCUGAUCCUCGCCACCACUAAGUCCUAAUCUCGUAGUUUUGAAUUCGAGGAUGUAUAUUUUUUGUUCUUGAUCGAGAACCGGUUUAGAAGAAAACAUAUCGAUCCUUUUUGUUUUUAGACUUGUUUGUUCGUUCGGUGUAACCAAUAAAUUGAUGUAUCUUUU